CGAACUAACGGUGACAGUGGUAAAACAGAAGAAGAAAAAAUCACAGAAACUUCACCACCGUGUUCGCUGGUCGAAUCCUAUUGGGAGACCAGAAUUUGAUUGCCACUGCUAAUUGGAUUAAAUUUCUGCUCGCCGAUAACAAAAAUCGUGGAUUGUAUCGAUGUGAAUUGGUUUGGCUAUAUCACAUAAAUAUGUCCUGCAACGUAGAUGAUAUGGGUUGGUCAGAUGCCCGGAACUUAUUGCGGAAGUGGCGCGACGAUAACGAAAGGAAGAGUGACGAUGUAAUGCAACUGUGGGAUAAUGUACUGUCCUCUAAACAAACCAAGCUAGGUAACGAACGUCACCUGGUGCUGGAACAGGUGAUAAUUGCUGCCCUCGAUUGUAACCGCAUCGAGACGGCGGAACACUGCGUCAGUAUCCUGUCGGCCGAGUUUCCCGGCAGCCUCCGCAUACAAAAGUACCGCUCGAUGCUGCUAGAAGCCUUGGAACGGUACGAUGAUGCGCUAGACGAGCUAGAGCAGAUCAUACGGAAGGAUGAAACGAAUGCUGCACCGCGUAAGCGCAAAGUGGCGAUCCUGAAAACGCAGGGCCGUACUGCCGAAGCUAUUAAGGAGCUUUGCGAUUAUAUGAAAAUCUUCAUGUCCGACCAGGAGGGUUGGCAUGAGCUGUGCAAUUUGUAUCUGGCGGAAGGCGAAUAUGCGAAGGCAGCAUUCUGUAUGGAGGAAUUACUGCUGCACAAUCCGCACAGCCACCUUAUCCACCAGCGGUUGGCCGAUAUACGAUACACAAUGGGUGGCAUCGAUAAUAUAGAGAUGGCUAAAACACACUACUGCAAAGCCGUGAAGCUGAACGUUAACAAUUUACGCGCCUUGUACGGUUUGUUUUUGUGCUGCGGACACAUUUCAAACUCGAAGGCCGUGGUGGGUAAGAGAAAGGAAGCUCAGAAGCUAGCUCAAUGGGCAAUGGCACAAAUCCAGUCGCGAACACAUUCCGCGACGAACGAUACCAAAGCUGCCCUCAAAACGGGUAAAAGUAGGACGGCGGGAUGCGAUGACGAGCUGCAAGCACUCGAGCAAGCCUUCGGUGGUUUGGAGGUUGGAAAAAUGACCAAUUGACCAUCUGUUACAAGCCGCAUCCCGGGGUGUACUACUUUGCGCGCGUGCUAUUACACACCAAUUACAUCCCUUACGGACAGUUUCUUUCGUGAACGUUUUCGAACGCUUGCGCUCCAUAGCUGAAUGGUGUCCUUUCAAUUGACGGUCAGCUUUAGGCGUUAGUUUGUACGUUAGUUGGACACGGUGAUGGCAACACGAAAUUGUUUGAGCAUUUGGAGAUACUGAAUAAAUGAUUUAUUGAUAAAGCUA